CAGGAAGUUCCAGCGUAGUACCGUACCCUCUGGGUGUACGUUGUUCUCCGAAGCUCAAUAUUUCUCGUAGGUAUUUUCUUUGUAAACAAAGUGAAACAAUCGUUUUGUGAUUUUAGUAGAGUACAGUUAUAUAUAGAAUAAAGCAGCAUCGUUUUUGCUUUUUUCAUCCAGUGUGUGCCAGAAUGUGUUACUGUCGUUUUUGUUAGCUGGCUAGCUAACAAGCCAGCUAGCACCCGAGGUUGUUUUGAUCAUUAAUGUGAAUAUUGACGUUACAUCAACGACAUCUACAUUGGGUUUCCGGUAAUAAAUCGUGUUUAAAAAAAAAACAAAAAAACAAAAAAACAUCGUAUCCAGUGGAAUAAAUAAAUUGCUGCAUGUGUCAGAAGCGGCGAAGCGAAAGAUAAUAGUCCACUUAAAGCGUGAGUAGUACUCAAGCUAACUCGUUAGCUUAAACCAGCGGCGGACGCUUUCCUCUCGGGGACCGCCUGGUUUCUCCAGUGGACACCUGGUGAGCUUAAAAGGCUCUCUGUAAAGCGGAUCCAAUGCGUGGGAUGAUGGGAACUCAGAGUAGUCCUGUCAAGAGCUACGAUUAUCUUCUGAAAUUUCUAUUGGUGGGAGACAGCGAUGUCGGAAAGGGAGAAAUCUUGGACAGUUUACAGGACGGAUCAGUGGAGUCUCCCUAUGCCUACAGCAGUGGGAUUGAUUACAAGACCACCACAAUUCUUUUGGAUGGGAGAAGAGUAAAACUAGAGCUAUGGGAUACAUCAGGACAAGGCAGAUUCUGCACCAUCUUCAGGUCUUACUCUCGAGGAGCACAGGGCAUCUUGCUGGUGUAUGACAUCACAAAUGGCUGGUCAUUUGAUGGCAUUGACCGUUGGAUCCGAGAAAUAGAUGAGCAUGCCCCAGGUGUGCCACGGAUCCUUGUGGGAAACCGGCUUCACCUGGCGUUCAAGCGUCAGGUUCCAACAGAGCAGGCACGAGCUUAUGCAGAAAAGAACAGCAUGACGUUCUUCGAGGUCAGUCCUCUGUGCAACUUCAAUGUCAUCGAGUCCUUCACAGAGCUUUCACGCAUUGUGCUGAUGAGGCACGGGAUGGAGAAAUUCUGGAGGCCCAACAGAGUCUUCAGUCUCCAAGAUCUGUGCUGCCGUUCGAUCGUCUCCUGCACACCGGUGCACCUCAUUGACAAACUGCCCCUCCCUGUGGCCAUCAAGUCCCACCUCAAGUCUUUCUCCAUGGCCAAUGGCAUGAAUGCAGUCAUGAUGCAUGGACGCUCUUACUCUGUGGCCAACAGUGCUGCCUCAAGUGGUAGCGGUGGUGGAAGCAAAGCUAACAGCCUGAAACGCUCAAAGUCCUUCAGGCCUCCACAGAGUCCUCCAAAGAGCUCGUCAUUGUCCUCUAAAGGAAACUGUAAGAUAUCAUAGUGAAAGAGCAGACUGAUGGUUCCUCAAUCGGGCCAGUGUUAAAAGUGUUGUUGCUCCAAGAGGUCGUGAGGCCAGAGAAAAGUAUGGAGGCCUGCCAGCAAUGGAUAUAGCUGUGAACUUUCCGUGACCUUUUGGGAACUGACUUGGAUGGUUGGAUUGGUUUCUGUUCUCUUUGUGCGUGCUGGUGCCAUCUUGUGGAUGUUCAUUUACCUGUACUCUACUACUGAGGCUCACUGUGAUCAAGUAGAAUAAGAUUUCCUUGGGACCAACACAUGUGAAUUGAGGAUUAUAACUCACCAGUAUACACUACAAAUGAGUAGAGGGGCGUCUUUUAAAAGGAUUGUUUAUUGGUAUUUAAAAUUGGACUUGAAGUUGUAAAUAUAUUACGUGCUCUUGUUUUGUUCUGUGGUAAUUGUCUUGGGGAGGAAUAUUUUUUAUGAUUGUUUUCUCAUGAAUGUUUUGGGGAGACCUCCUUCAGUUUUUAUCAUUAACAUUCUUUAUCCAGCUUCAGUUGUCAUAGGGUACUUAUUUAAAACUCAGAUCAUUUUUAAAUAAGAUUGAAUGUCAUGAGAACACCUUGU